CCCCACUCACCCACACACAGAUUUAUUUAAAAGGCGCUGAGUUGGAGCCAAGCCGCCCGCCUACAUACAACAUACGCCGCGGGAAACGAUCGACGUCUUGGUUGAACAACUUCGGCCGGGAAAGAGAAGCCCAAUUGUAGAAAGUCCCACUCCGAGGAAGCACCUGUACUACCCGAAAGAGUCCACAUCCUUUUUUCCCUAACAUUAAGCAUCCACUCUCCACGAAGCAUCUCUGAUCUACAUAAUCGUCUUUACUCUCGACUUGAACCCUUUUUAUCUUAUUUGAUCACAUACAACAAGACUACCUUAUUCACACAGUUUUUUCAGCGUUCGCUAGUCGGCAAGAUUGGACUUACACAUUCAGUUUAGAUAUCAUUAUCACCACGGUGGCUGGACUGGAAUGGCACAUCCAUUCUACAGCGAUGCGACCAUCAAGGGCAAUGAUCCCGACACAGAUCCGACUGACAAUAUUGUAAAGUCAGCACCAGAGAAACAGCCCGCUGGUCAUUCGGAGGACGGAAAAUCCACUAGUCAACUUUUGGAACGAAGUGCUUUAUGGAAACUUGAUCUAACGGUCAUUCCAAUCGUAGCCAUGUUCUACUUUUUAAGCUUCUUGGAUCGAUCUAAUCUGGGAAAUGCCAGGAUUGCGGGCCUCCAAUCCUCCCUCCAUCUGUCUGAUCACCAGUACUCGAUUGCCUUGACGGUCACCUACAUUCCUUACAUUAUGGCCGAGAUUCCUGCAAACUUGCUGCUAAAGAAGCUUGGGCCGAAUUACUUUCUACCAGGGAUUGUGACCUGCUGGGGCCUGAUCACGACCCUCCAAGGCUUCGUCAGGAGUUACUCCGGCUUGAUUGCCGCCCGUUUUUUUCUUGGUUUGGUUGAAGGUGGGAUGUUUCCUGCGAUAGUGUUAUACCUUUCAUUCUUCUAUACGAGACGCGAGUUGCAGCUCCGGAUCGCCCUGUUUUUCUCUUCCGCGUCCUUGUCUGGCGCAUUCUCUGGUUUACUUGCAUACGGCAUCAUACGGUUAGAUGGUAGGGGAGACCUGGCGGGAUGGUCUUGGAUUUUCAUCAUCGAAGGACUAUUCACGUUCUUCUGGGGUUUGAUCUCCUUCUUUAUCUUCCCGGCCUCCAUCGAGAGCAGCAAAUACUUGAACCCGAGUGAGAAGGCUAUAUUGAAAGCACGGCUGCUCAGGGACCGUCCGAUGGCAGACGAUUCACUCGAUUGCUUCUCGUUCGCCGAGGUCCUCGCUUCAAUAAAAAGCCCUCACGUCUUGAUAAACUUCGUCUCACUCUUCAUGUCCGGGACAGUACUAUACAGUCAGGCAUACUUCCAACCUACCAUUGUCAACAGUUUAGGAUACUCGGCAUCCCGCAGUCAAUUGAUGAGUGUUCCGCCUUUCGUGGCAGCGUUUGUUGUGAUGCUUGCGACGGCGUACAUCUCUGACAAAUUUUGCACGAGAGGGCUUGUAACGAUCGGGUGUGCAUUGACUGGGAUGAUAGGUUUCAUCUUAUUUCAUGUAGCCGACCAAGACCAGAUGUCAUUGAAGUACGGCUCGUUGUUCAUCUCGCUUUCUGGAGUGUACUCCACCAUCCCUCCACUCAGCGCAUGGCAAUCCAACAACAGUGAAUGUCAUUACCGAAGGGCUUCCUCGAUUGCACUCGGCUUCAUAGCUAGUAAUCUAGGAGGGAUACUCAGUACUUGGAUCUUCCCUCAGUCAGAAAAGCCAGGGUAUCGUACUGGGACGCUACUGAGUCUUGCCUUUUGCGCCGGAAUGAUCGCGACGGUAAGCUGCAACUUGGUCUGGCUCAAGUCGGCGAACCGAUCAAAGAUUGUUAAACGAGAAGAGCUACUCAAGGACUAUCCUAACCAUGACCAAAAGUCCCACCCCGAGAACAAGAGGAUCCGUCAACGGGCCUGGGCCGAUCUAGGCGAUCGUCAUCCCGAUUUCAAAUAUACUUAUUAACUACUUCUCCGGUGUUCUAUUCAUCAAUCAUUCUAUAAUUUGCCCACUUUGACCUGCUCCUUGCUUUAGGAAGUGCUUCAACAGUACCCUUUUCCUUCACUUCUUGUCCAUUAUCAUCAUAUGUCCAAUAGAUUUUUUUUUUUUGGGGGUUGGAAAAACGACUCCCAAAAAUUAGUCGACGACUCCCGUUUUGGUCGAGGGGUCGUCGGCUGGGAGUCGUUCUUCCAAAAGAUGGCCGACUUUGGGAGUCGGC